AAAUGCAUCGUCGAAGCCGUCGACUUCUGCUCAAAUGCCAUCAAUGGAAGUGAAAUCCAAAUCUCAACUUGUAGUAAAUUCGACGUUCCUUCAAAUGGAUAAUAGAACGGACCAGGAAGAUGAUUCCGAGGAUGAUCCGGUAGCUUCACCAACGCCAUUAACUUCUACUCAAAAAGCAUCAGAGGAAUCGCAAUUCGAUCCGCAGUUCCCAGUAAAAUUAUCGUUGCUUCAAACGGCUGAUGUAACAGGAGGAGAUGAUAAGGCUGUAGUGUCCGCCAUGUCGUUGAUCAGGUCUCUACAACCAUCAAACUCCGAUUCAUCAUUUCCGGAACAUUCAUCAGAUAUAGAAAAAUUACGGCCAGUAGAACAGUCGGCGUCCGUUUACCUGUUAGAAUUGAAUCCGGAAACUACUGUUGAGCAGGAACCUAAUUGGAAAGCGAAGUUUGAAAAAACCGAAGCAGAAAAUCGUAGCCUCGUCGAGAAACUCAAAAAACUCCGAAAAAGGAACAAUAUGUUGGAACAACAAAAGCUGGCUUCGGACGAUCUUGCUUUGCGAUACUCCAAAAAACUGCUCGCCAUCGAAGAUAAACAAAAAAUACCAAUGGCUCGAUUUACGGUGACACCUGAAUUCAAUAUAACGAUACAGCAGCUGGAAGAAAUCAACGGUCGUUGCCAAACUGACAGCAUGUUCGUUGGAUUGCUAUGCAUUCAACUGAUUGGGGUUGAGAGGUUGAAGGGUAUGAGCGUGACCGGGCAGCCAUCCCAUCGGUUCAUCAACGCUAAAAAUGAUAACGGAUCUCCAAUCUAUAAGGCGACGGAGAAGAUAGAUCCGUCUGUAGUUGAAUUUAUUUGUGGUAAGUUUUAAUCUCAAUUAAAAUACUUGGAUAAGAAAAUGAUAAAACUAUUGUUUUACCCACAGAUAAGGUUGCUGAGCGAACCGCUAUCCGGGUUGGGCCCGAAAAUGCGGCCACUAUACGAAAGCAUUCAGACGCGAAAACCGUCAAUCGCUUUAUUGCUAGCAAGAUAUCCAACCUAAAGAAAAAUAAUAAGAACCAGUG